AUGAAUUUUGAAAAGGAAGCUGAGCAUAAGCUGAUCCGUGAGACUGUACUCAUUGCAUUUGGUCUCGGAGCCUGUUUUAUGUUUGCGUUCGCGUUGAUCUGCCACAGCCUCUGGUACACUGCGAGUGUUGAGGAAUACGCGGCCGGGGCUUACAUCUUGUGUAUUCCGGUGCUUUUUCAUAUGAGCGAAUUUCUAGUGGCGGCAUCCUUGGGCCGUCAUGACACCCACCCAGAUGCCUUCUUGUUAUUUAACUCGAAGGCGUACACAGUGGCCAUCUCUGCGGCGUGGAUAGAGUUCUUCGUAGAAUGGAUUUUAGUCCCGGAGACCUGGAAGGUGUCCCGAGGAUCUUUGGCGGGAUGGUUUCUGCGCCUGAACUAUAGCAACGUUACUCUAGUGGCUGUAUUGUCUGUAGCUUUCUACCUAGUGCGUGUGGUUGGGAUGCUGCAGUGUGGGUUAAACUUCUCGCUGUUAAUUGAGACAAGGCGGCGCAGCUGUCAUGUCCUUGUUGACUAUGGAAUUUACGCGGUUCUGCGUCAUCCAGCCUACUUUGGUUUCUUUUGGCGGACUCUCCUCUCGCAGCUGGUGCUGGCAAACCCGUUGUGUUUUGUGGUGUAUGCCGGCGUUAUGUUGGAUUUCUUUCGCAAACGCAUCGCCUACGAGGAAGCCUUGCUAGAAAGUGAGGAAUUUUUUGGCGAGCAAUACAAGGCGUAUAAAGCGAAAACAGUGGUGGGUAUUCCCUUGAUACACUGA